AUGAGUUUCGGCCGGGCCAUAGCCAGCGUGAUUGGAGCCGGGCCUGUUCUCACUAUACCCAAUCUUCACUAUUCUCUCACUCGGUCCAGCUACAAUGCCCGUCCCUUUCAUUUGCCACCGCUCUUGCGCUGGCGCCGUUCUCCACCAUUGACAGUGCGAGUUCGAGUUCUUCUCCCUCCAUCUUUCUCCCACUGGUAUCGAGUUCGCCAGCUGAUCUCUGCUAUGAACAACAAUCUGGCAUUUCUUGUGAGAACUGUUGCAAAAAAAUUUCACAGCCCAUCUUCAUUGCGAAUCUAUUGCUCAUCUCCUCAGAGUCUUCUCCUCCUGCCAGCAAUAAACUCUUCGUUGGAGGUUUGUCAUGGUCUGUGGAUGAGAAGUCCCUCAAAGACGCUUUUCGUUCAUUUGGUGAAGUCACUGAAUGUAAUAUGUGUAUGUCUUUUUCUGGGCCUUUGUAGUUUCCAUUUUCUGUUAUGGGUCUACAUAUUGGAUGAUGGGCGGACUGGUUUAGUUAUGUAGUCUCAGUGCUCCAGUUUCUACUAUGGCAAGUUUUUUCAUGUAAUGG